UAACACCGCACCUGAGUGCCCCCUGACCCCCUUCUCUCUUUCUCUCACCGCACGACAACAACACCACCUCAUAGAAACACCAACAAACACUUUCCUUCCUUUCCUAAUCCAAUGGAAGCACGCGAGCAAAUACUAAUCACGUGCACCACGCAUGCCCUAAAUGUAUCCUCACUCCCGCACCACCUUUCUCUUCUUUCCUCUCAAAACAAACAAACAACAUUGCUUCCUCCAUAAUAAAACCAAACCCAAAACCAAACCCUCGUUUCUUCUUCGUUCCUUCCUUUUCCUUUUCCUUUUCCAACCAUGGCGAAGAAGAGAAAAUCCAUAGCCACGACGCUCGACGAAGUCGAUCGAACCAUGUAUGCUUCGUUUUGUAGCGCUGCCAAUUCUCUCUCACAGCUUCACAUGCAUGCGCUCAAUCAUCAGAAACUUUCCUUCCAAGCUGGUCAACGACAUAGCCUCGAAAAACUUUAUCAGUGGAUCUGGAGACAGCAAGAGGGUGGAUCAAGAGUUGCAACACUUGAUAUACUUAACUAUAUUCAGAAUGAACUGGAUUAUUUUGGAGAGGAGCAAUCUGUGUCGCCUAGAGCUGCACUACCACCAGCAACACAAGUAGCUAGUUCUGGCUUUACAGUAACACCCGGUUCUUCGUGCCAAACAGUUGUUGGGCAGGAACUUGGAUCAGAGCACUGUGAUAAUCAACCUAAGAGUUUUGAGUUUCCGAAUGCUUUGCCAAGCCCCGUUCGUCGAAGUCUUCAGCAUUAUCAAGUUGGUGACGGAGGGAACUACCUCACCGGACCCUCCAUAGGGAAUGGAAACCAGAACACUGAAUCCAGCCUUUUUCACCAGCAAAGCACUGCAUUCAGUUCCAACGAUUCUGCCAUGGACAUGCAUUCAGACUAGUCUUGCCAAUUGGUUUAUGUACCAAGCACUUUUGUUUGACCAUCCUUUGACAUUACUUGCAAAAGAAGUGAACAACCAUUUGAAGUCUUUGUCUGGUUUUGAUCGUGUCCAACAAGAAAUAGCAGCAAGGUGAAACCAGAUCAACUAAUCUAAUAAUAUACUCAUGUCAUUCUAGUGGUUAGCUUGAAUAUGUUCUUUGUAAAGUUUUUUUUUUGAGAUAGUUAAAAAAUAUUUCAGUUGGUCCCUUCGAUCUCUCUCCACACCCCCUCUUUAUAAAAAAACAACAACUAUGCCAAUUAUUGGGUUGCUUCUAUCUGAAGUUACUUAUGUAAAUCUGUACUUUAUCAGUAGUUUUUAUCAUCAUAAGGAAUGGAGUGUCCCAUUAGGUCACAAUUCAUAUUGUUUAUUGGAUAUUAAUGUUCCUUCAUGGUGAUGCAUUAUAAGAAUCUACACUUGAAACCAAAAAAGGUAAAGCAAAGUAUUUAAUAAGAGGGGCAAGGAAAGAUGGUAAGAAAGGUGUGCAAGUAAUUGGAAAUAGCAAUUUGAAGGGAAGACAUGGAAUUGGAAUUGCUUAUGUUGUUGUGCUUGAGUGAAGGCAGAGUAGGUAUAUUAGAUUCAGAGCAUACCUGAAGCUAAAGGUUAAAAUUGUGUCCAUGUUUAGAAUUGCCUCAUUAAGGACUCCAGCUAGGUGUCCUGUUAUGCCUACGGCCAGUGUCCCAACAUUCCUUGUGUGUACAGAAAUGUUCCAACAUUCCUUGUGCGUACAGAAUUCCAUACAGAAAUGGGUAUAACCUGCAAUGUGAGCUAUGCACAAACUGAGAAAUGAAUUUCAAUACAAAAUUUGACAAACAUUGUAUAUUAAUUAACUAUCCGAGU